AACAAAAGAAAAGACGGAGACAACAAAAUAAAAAUCAAGAUAAAGAAGAGGAUGAAGAUGGCAACAAUGACAGGGAUGAGGAUAUAGUCACCCCAGAUGAAAUAAACAGAAUGACUAAUGAGUUAAGAGAAAGUUUGGAGAUCAACGUUGAUGUUGAUGUUACAGAGAUUAGUAAUCCAAAUGCUGACACUGAUAACAAUGGGGAUGUUAAGCAAACAGAGGAUGCUAUAUCUGUUAAGAAGAAAGGCAAGAAAGCAAAACAAGCACGUAAGGAAGCCAGACAGACUUCAACAGAUGGCUUGACAGAGACACCACCUGUCUCAUUAGUAUGCAACACCUGUAAUCUUAAAUGUAAAUCCAAAAACAAACUAUUCAUUCAUCUAAAAGAGAGUGGACAUGCAUUGAGACUACCAAGCGCUAAUUCACCUUCACCAAAUAAAGAAGAUAAACGUAAAAAAGGAAAGAAAAGUAAAGGCAAAUCCUCACAGAUCAGUUGAUGUUAAAUCCGUAUAUCUUUUUAGUCUAAUAUUUAAUAGUAACAAUAAAAACACAUAAAGAAAUCA